AUGAACGUGCAAAAUUUUUCUUGGAGUUUUAGUCGACAACGUCAACUGGAAGAUGCAGAACUCUUGAAGCAAGUUGCUGACAAUGACAAAGACAAGAAGAAUUUUGGAGAGGACCAUCCAAACACAUUGACAAGCAUGCAUAACCUUGCUACCACUUACAAGCGACAAUGCAAAUGGAAAGAUGCAGUGCAGCUCUACGAGCAAGUUGUCAACAAGCGCCAGAAGAUCCUUGGAGAAGACCAUCCAGAUACAUUGACAAGCAUGCAUGAUCUUGCUUUGCUUUAUGAGCAACAAGAGAAAUGGAAAGAUGCAGAGGGGCUCUAUGAGCAACAACAAGAGAAAUGGAAAGAUGCAGAGGGGCUCUAUGAGCAAGUUGUCAACAAGCGCCAGAAGAUCCUUGGAGAAGACCAUCCAGAUACAUUGACAAGCAUGCAUAAACUUGCUUCCAUUUACAAGCAACAACGGAAACUGGACGAUGUAGAGGGGCUUCUCAAGCAAGUUGUCAACAAGCACAAGAAGAUCCUUGGAGAGGAGCAUGUACAUACAUUGACAACCAUGCAUGAACUUGCUUCCACUUACUUGAUGCAAGGGCAACUAGAAGAAGCAGAGCAGAUCUACAAGCAAAUUGCUGACAAGCCCACAGAGAUUCUGAGGAGGGGCCAUCCAAGGACGCUGAGAAACAUUUAUAGGCUUGUUAUUAUAUACCAGCAUCAAGGGAAACCGAAAGAUGCGGAGCGGCUCUUUGAGCAAGUUGUCCACAAGCACAGGAUUGCAAAAGAGCAUCCAGAUACAUUAAUCGAAGCCGCGGCCAAGCACGAAUAG